AUGUUCUCCUCACUCACCACAAAGCUGGCCAUGAAGAAGAUGGGCAUCUCCAGCGACACAUUCAACUUGUCCCUGCCGGACAUGAGCGGCGGCGGCGCCGCCGCAGACAGCGACGCCAAGGCGGGCGCCAACAAGCUCAAGAAGACGCGCACAGGCCCGCUGCCGCCAGGCACGGUACCCGGCCUUGACGACGACGACCUGGACGGCAAUGGCCGAGGCGGCGGCUCCAGCGGCGGCAAACAGUGGCCCGCAUGGAUGUCCGUCAAGGCGCUGCCGCUGACCGUGCAGCCGUGGCUGACGCCGCCGCCGGCACCCAUCCCGGUGGCCACCGCUUGCCCGAAAAAGGGCGACGCCGCGCCGCUGGACCGUGAUCGGAAGCUGACGGUCGGCGGCGGUGCCAAGCCCGUCGUGGUGGUGUUUCUCCGCUGUGUGGGGUGUGCUUUCGCCCAGAAAACAUUCCUCAACCUGCGCACGCUGGCCAACCGCUACGCCGGCCAGCUGACCUGCAUCGCCGUCUCGCACUCGUCCCUUGCCGCCACGCAAAAGUGGCUCGACCUUCUGGGCGGCGCCUGGAAUGUGCAGGUUGUCAUCGACGAGGACCGUGCUGUCUACGCAGCAUGGGGUCUCGGACUGGGGUCGGUAUGGUACGUGCUGAACCCGAGCACGCAGAUCCAGGGCUGGAAGGAGACCGGGUGGCUCGGCCAGACAGUGGCAGGCUACAUGGAAAAGCGGCAGCCAGGCAAGAGUGGUGGAGCUGGUGCUGGCGCUGGUGCCGACAAGAAGAACGGCGGUGCAAGCGAAGCAGCGCCGCCGCCAUUGGCAGGGACCGGCGGCUCGGGUGUGGUAGACGCCGUGUCAGACGGUCCUGCCACCAUCAUGGGAAACAAGUGGCAGCAGGCCGGCGCCUUUGCCGUCAACAGCCGGGGCAUCGUCAUGUUUGGCCAAAAGGCACUGCGAGCAGACGACGUUCUGGAUCUGGACCAGGCCAUUGCGUCGCUGGGCCUGUAA